AUGGGACCACGUGGAAGAGGCGGCAACUUUAGAGGCAGAGGAGGACGAGGGGCCCGUGGAGGACGUGGCAGAGGAAGAGGAUUCAGUCGCUAUGGGCCCAUGAGGCGGUUUGAAGGCGACCGCCUGGCAGAUAGGGAUGAGGAAACCGAGUCGGAAUCGGGAGGUGAUUCUCAGGAUGAGCAAGACGAUGCGUUGGCCGACAGCGCUUCUGAUGACGAGGAGGAAACGCCAGCUGCUCGGCCAUAUAUGGCUCUAUUGCAGAGUUUCAAUGACUCCAGUGCCCCCACAGCAAAGAGGCGGAAAUUAGAUCAUAGUGAUUACUCACAACAAGCCGACAGCUCUAAAGAUGAGGACAUAGAGGCAGCAAGUGAUCAGGAUCAGGAGGACGUGGAUGAGGUUGAUGAGGCUGAGGAUGUCGACAACAAUGGCAAUCAACUUGAGGAGGAGGAGCCCGAUUCCGAAGAUGAUGAGGAACUCACUGAUCCAUUUGACGUUCAUUUUGCGCAUCCAAAUGACCAGGAAGUCGGGAAGGCCGUCAAAGCAGUCAAGAACGACGACUGGGUUACGACGAGGGCGCUUGUUUCAUCAUUACGAGCUACCAUGAUGUCUGCUGGCUCUGGUAGCAAGAUGGAUGUCCCUCAUCCUUGCGGUAUUGAAGGAUUAAAGCUCAAGCAGAAAUUGCAGGAGAUGGCUUCCAAGAAGAUGGAUAAGCAGGACGAGACACAGAAGGCGAUUCUGCCACUGCUCUUUGGAUACAAGGAUAUUUUCCACUUUGAUCGUACGGUGAAGAAUGCCACAGGUCUGCGACAAGCGGUGUGUUUACAUGCGCUGAAUCAUGUUUUCAAGACGAGGGAUCGUGUUAUCAAGAACAGCUACAAGCUAGCCAAGGAAAGCGAGGACACAGAAUUAGAACUUCGAGACCAAGGCUUCACCCGGCCCAAGGUUCUCUUCCUACUACCGACGAGAAAUUCUUGUGCCAAGAUUAUCAACAUCAUCCGCGACAUGUGCGACCCCGAACAGCAAGAAAACCGUAAAAGGUUUGAGGACUCAUACAUUGAAAAAGAAUCCAAUUUUGGACAAGACAGGCCCGAAGACUUCAGACUCCUCUUUGAAGGCAACGACGACGACAUGUUUCGGCUUGGAGUCAAAUUCACCCGCAAAACAAUCAAGUUUUUCUCCCAGUUUUACAGUUCAGAUAUCCUUUUCGCUAGUCCCCUGGGUCUCCGAAUGGCAAUUGGCUCUGAAGAAGAGAAGAAGAAGCCCGACUAUGAUUUUCUUAGUUCCAUUGAAAUGGUCAUUGUCGACCAGGCCGAUGCGCUGCUCAUGCAAAACUGGGAACAUGUCGAGUACAUCUUUGAGCACUUAAACUUGCAACCCAAGGAUGCGCAUGGUUGUGACUUUAGUCGUCUUCGAAACUGGUAUCUCGAAGACUGGGCGAAAUACUUCAGACAAACCAUUGUUUUGUCUGCUUUCAAUACCCCUGAGCUCUCAGAGCUCCAAAGAUCAUUUUGUCACAACUGGGCUGGAAAGGUUCGCCUGCAGCCCGAAUACCACGGCGUGAUCCAGCAGCUCGGUAUCAAAGCAAAGCAGACCUUUUCCCGGUUUCAGUCGUCAUCUGUCGAGAAGGAUCCUGACGCUAGAUUCGAAUACUUUGUCUCGGCCAUCGUACCAACCCUGGUCAAGCGUGUCAAGGACACGACGGGCACGCUGCUGUUCAUACCCUCAUAUCUCGACUUUGUCCGUGUUCGAAACUAUUUUGCCAACUCACCCACCAUGAGCGACAUCACGUUCGGCGCUGUGUCGGAAUACACCGAUGUCCCUGAUGCAUCUAGAGCCCGAUCGCAUUUCUUGACGGGUCGUCAUCGGGUGCUGUUGUACACUGAGCGAGCACACCACUUCAGACGGUAUCAGCUCCGUGGCGUGCAGAGGGUGGUUUUCUACGGACUGCCGGAUAACCCUAUCUUUUAUCGAGAGAUUGCCGGGGAGUAUCUAGGCAAGAGUGAGCAGGAUCUCAAGAUCGAGCCCGGACAAGGAACAGUGCGGGUCAUGUUCUCCAAAUACGACGUAAUGAAGUUGGAGAGAGUUGUGGGAUCAAAGAGAGUUGGAAAGAUGAUUCAAGAGCGUGGCGAUACUUUUGAUUUCGUGUAG